AAGAAAAAGAAAAAAGAAAAGAAGAGCAAGUCAGAAAAAAAAAAGGAUGGAGAAACACAGAAGAACAAGGAAAAAAAGGAGAAAAACAAAAAUAAAGAUAAGUCCAAGAAGAAAGAAAUUAAAGAAGAGAAGAAGAAAGAUAUUUUCAUUAUUGACCCUGCAGGAAAUAUGUACUACAACUGGCUGUUUUGCAUCACAAUGCCUGUAAUGUACAACUGGACCAUGAUUAUUGCCAGAGCCUGUUUUGAUGAGCUUCAGCAUGACUACUUAGCGGUAUGGUUUAUUAUUGAUUACGUUUCUGAUGCCAUCUACAUUGCUGACAUGUUUGUACGGACAAGAACAGGUUACCUGGAGCAAGGUCUUCUGGUGAAAGAAGAAGAAAAGCUUCGAGAGAAAUAUAAGACAUCUUUUCAAUUCAAAUUAGAUUUUCUGUCAGUCAUACCAACUGACCUCUUAUACUUUAAGUUAGGACUGAAUUACCCAGAAUUAAGAAUAAACAGACUACUCAGAGUAGCUCGGAUGUUUGAAUUCUUCCAGCGAACAGAAACAAGGACAAACUACCCAAAUAUCUUCAGGAUCUCUAACCUUGUCAUGUACAUUGUGAUUAUUAUUCAUUGGAACGCCUGUGUAUACUACUCAAUCUCAAAAGCCAUUGGAUUUGGGGCUGACACAUGGGUGUACCCCAACACCUCCGACCCUGAAUUCGCCCGUCUGACUAGAAAGUAUGUCUACAGUCUCUACUGGUCAACACUGACCCUAACUACUAUUGGUGAAACACCACCUCCUGUAAGAGAUUCUGAGUAUUUCUUUGUGGUUGUUGACUUCUUGGUUGGAGUAUUGAUUUUCGCUACCAUUGUUGGUAACGUGGGCUCUAUGAUCUCCAACAUGAAUGCUGCCAGGGCAGAGUUUCAAGCAAGGAUUGAUGCUAUCAAGCAGUAUAUGCACUUUCGAAAUGUGAGUAAAGACAUGGAAAAAAGAGUUAUAAAGUGGUUUGACUAUCUGUGGACAAACAAAAAGGCUGUAGAUGAAAGGGAAGUCUUGAAGUACCUGCCAGACAAACUGAGAGCAGAGAUUGCAAUCAAUGUUCACCUGGAAACACUAAAAAAAGUUCGUAUUUUUGCAGACUGUGAAGCUGGUCUGUUGGUUGAACUGGUUUUGAAACUCCAGCCACAAGUAUACAGUCCUGGAGAUUAUAUUUGCAGAAAAGGAGAUAUUGGACGAGAGAUGUACAUUAUCAAAGAAGGCAAGCUGGCAGUGGUCGCUGAUGAUGGAAUUACCCAAUUUGUGGUCCUAAGUGAUGGCAGCUAUUUUGGAGAAAUCAGCAUUCUUAACAUCAAAGGUAGUAAAGCUGGCAAUCGAAGAACAGCCAAUAUUAGAAGUAUUGGAUACUCAGACUUGUUUUGUUUGUCUAAAGAUGAUCUCAUGGAGGCUUUAACAGAGUAUCCAGAUGCAAAGGCUAUGCUAGAAGAAAAAGGCAAGCAAAUCCUAAUGAAAGAUGGGUUGCUGGACAUUGAAGUUGCAAAUUUAGGAAGUGAUCCUAAAGAUCUGGAAGAGAAGGUCACCUACAUGGAAGGGGCAAUGGACAGAUUACAAACAAAGUUUGCCAGGUUGUUGGCUGAGUAUGAAGCUGCACAACAGAAACUGAAAAAAAGACUUACGCAAAUCGAGAAAAUAUUGAAGCCAGUUAUAGAGCAAGAAUUUGCAGACUUGGAAGAAGGAGAUCCAUCCACAGACAAACCUGGAAUUUCAAAAGUGGAAUAAAACACUGGAGGUUGCCAAUAAGACUUCGGGUCAAAUCCUGCAUGUGGCUGAAUACAUUCGUUUCUAAUCUUUGUAGGACCUGACUAUUAACUAUGAAAAAUUAUUUGUUGAGGUAAUGUCAUGAAUUUCCUACAAGCAGCACAUAUUUGGCAGGUUUUGGAGAAGAAAAGAAGAAUCAAGAAUGAGAGUGGAAGAUAACACCUUGCUCUUGGACAAAUGGGGCAUUAUCUGCUAAUGCAUUAUGUACUCUUUAUGUAAGACCGGUCUACAGCAAAUGUAUUCAAUCUAUAUACAGUCACAUACUGGCAAAUAUUGGAAAUUUUGCUGACUAUUUUAAAAUAAUUUAUUUGUGUCUACUUAUGGAAAGAAGGAAAGGUUUGGUAACAAUUAUAUUAUUUUAAGUCAAUGUAGGCAUGAACCAUGAUAUUGAAUUUGCAUAUAAACAGCACAUUUUAAUAUCUAUUGAUUAACAUAACAUAAAGUUAUGGGAUAUUAU